AUGUCUUCCUUGACGCCACGUCGCACUCGCAAAGCUCAACUCGCAUCUUCUGGCCUAGGAUCUCACUUUGUAAGCCCAAGGAAGGCUCGAGACAAACGGAAAACUCAAACAUAUGUUGAGCUUCCUGGCGCAGAGACUAAGCGCCGCCGACUUUUGGACGCAAUGGAACGACUUUUGAAGCCGCAACACGAGGAAUCACACCCACAGUUGUUGGCACAAGCACCACCAUCUGAUACUGUGACUACGGAACACAUGGAUACUGACAAUCUUGUUCCAUCUCUUGAGAUCUCAGUAUCGCCUGUCAAACGGCGGAUUGUGCCCGACAAAUCCACCAAUUCACUCUACAAAAACUGGAUUGCACUCAUACCAACCCUUGUUGAUCCAGUACUCCAGUACUUCAGACGAACGCAGGGCAAAGCACUGGAAAAUAUACAUCCAGUCAUAUCUGCAUGUGGGAAGCCUUCGUGUACACCGAAACGGACGACAAUGAUGUGUUUAUUCUUCGACCUCCUCGUUCACCAUGGUCUAUUUCCGACCGCGCCUUCACAGCCUCGAAUGGCUGUAUCUGUUGACCUGCUCUCAUUCUACCGCGCAUUGUUUGAGCGCUCAUGUGACGCGAUUAACGCUCUCGCAUCAGCGCUCAAAAAUCACUACUCCCGGCGGGGUUACCAGAUGACUGACGCCCAGGGCGAAGUUAUACAGGACCCAUUCCGACGAGGCCUCGGCUAUGCCGUGCAAUGGUACGACAUCCUGCAAGUUGAAGUUGAGCGCCAAGUUGAGACGAUCGUUCAACAACACCGUGAUCGUAUAGCAGAGUUUCAAGCAUCCUCUCGAGUCUCGAAUUCACCUUUGCCCACUCAAUGCGCACCCCUUCUAGUGCAACGGUGUCCUGCUUGCUUUGCAGGUAUUCUUCAUGGUAGAUCUACAGAUGAGGGAGGUGACAUUCAUGUCGCAAUGGACGGUAAUUUCCAUCACCGUCAUCGACGUGCUGCUGGAGACUGUCCAAAGUUCUAUGACCCUACUUAUUUUCUCCCGAAAACCUUUGUUGACACGAUUGGGCGCCAUAUUGACACUCAACGUAAGCGACCAGUGAGGUCUCACGUUCCCCUUGUCCCUGAUGAAGCCGUUGACCAAUGCGAGAAUGCUUACGAGGCUGCUGACGGCAAAAAACAGAAAGCGGCAAUGGAUAGCUUCGACGACACUGGAAUCAUGGCCCUUAUCUGUCGUCACGACAUCCCUUUAUUUUUUGCCAACAUAGACUCACCUGGAGAACAGCAAAAGUAUUCGGUAGCCUUACUUCAGCACUUCUUUUCACUUCUCCCCCCCGAAGCUACUGUCGUAGCUCUUUAUGAUGUCGGCUGUGUUUUGGCACGAACACUCUCCAAGCAUGAAAUUCUUCCCAAAAGCAUCACCUCACGCCUUCGAUUUGCAACCACUGCCAUGCACGCAUAUGGGCACGAGUGGGCUUGCCAGCUCGUAUAUAACCCACGAAUAUGUGUGGGUCUUGGUUUAUCUGAUGGUGAAGGGACCGAACGCCUCUGGUCUCGCUUAGUUCGAUUGAUAGGUGUUGAGCGCACUUCUAGUGUAUGUACUCUAUUAUUUUCAUUUAAAACUAAUGAAUUUAAAACACUGCUUAGCGCCAACGCCGUUUAUGGCGACUGGAUCAAACGAUGCCUCAGACGGGGCAUCAAGGGGCAAGGUUCAGCAGCCCAAGACGCACUAGAUCAAUGUGAGGUCUCCAUUGAAGAAUUGCAAGCCGAGUGGUCGCAGCAAAGGCAAUCUCAGUUAUCUAUCCGUGCUCAUGCACCCGCCUGCCUCAAGAAGGAGUUGGACACAGUCUUAGCUCUCCAGGCAGAUCUGGACGCCUCAGACAAAGCAUUGCAAACCACCAGGAUGAUGUUGGAGAAAGAUAUGGCUUCAGAUGAUACACUAGAGGCUCUCGAAAGUCUAGAGAGGGGACACGAUCGCCUGAUGAACAAGGUCGAGGCUCUUUACUCCUCAUUGAACAUUCAUGACAGAUUUCCUGAGCUUCAUGGCAUCAAUCUCGAAUUUGUUCGCAUCCUUCUCAUGGCACGCGAUCUCAAAAUGAACGUUUGUAAAUGUGCGAUUGCGAGUUUCUUCGAGUGGGAUAAAUUAGAUCGAGCAGUCAGUGGCGCUCAGCAAGCGUUAGGCGCCAAGCUGCAUCAACAGACACGUAAAGCAAUUUCCAAGCGUCAGCCCGCACUAAUGACCGCUAUCAGGAAAUUUAACUCCUACUGUGAGCGGCUUGAUUCAUUGUAUGAUACAUCCUGGGGGAUUCCACUGCCCGCACCCCUUCCCACCAAACUUGCAGAACUACGUUCUGACCCAGGACUGAUGGAGGAUGUGUGGAUUACACCGUCUCAUGGAGAGGUUCCGCGGUGGUUAGACGACACAUCUACAAGAGAUGGCAUUCGUGCACUUCUCAAGCGUGAUCGGUGUCGAGAGGAGCAGGUUCGGCUAGGUGUUGAGGCCGAUAACCUGUGCCGCUUCUUCGGAAAUGAGUUGGGGGCACUUGAACUUGCCCUUCGGUCGCCAAACAGUGAACCAUUCGCAGUUCUAUUGCAACAACGGCAUGCCAAUUUUAUCUGCCUUCAAACACGAUGGUCAAAUUGCUUGGCUUCUUCGGUACGCUUUACUAAUGAAGUCAGCAAGGCAGUAGCCAUUGCGACCACCCUCUCGGGAGGCUCACCAAACAUGGCACUUCAUUGGAUUAAUGCCAGCAUGCUGGUAGUGUCUGAUUCUGAAGGUUGUGAUGAACUCCCUAUCGUCGAUCCUGACCAUUGCCCCCAAGUCGACUCUGAACAAGCAGCUCUGGCCGAUGUCCUGGAGGAGCCAGGUGUCCUCGACCCUGCUAAAAUUUUCGCGCGAAUACGACCUUCGCAUGACGGAAUCCCUCGUCUAGAGUUUGAUCCAAAAGAAAUCGGUAUACUCAGUUCUCCUACUGCAUGCCUCAAUGAUACAUGCAUUAACAACUGCGCCAUUCUCCUGUGGUGCUCUCAACUGAACACCUCCGCUGCACGGUGUGCGAUACUCUCCACUCACGAUCUUCCCCGCAUUCGUUACAAUGCCCCAGACGACAACAUCUGGCGCCAUACAAUGUGGAUUCGUUAUUGGGAAAAAGACAUAUGGGUUCUUCCGAUUCAUCGUCCAUCAGGGAUUGGACACUGGGUGAUAACUUUACUGUUUGACAGCAUGGGCGACAGGACCCCUUGGCAAAGUGACGUCAAAGAUAUAAUGAGACUGAUUGCUCGGUUCCUUGCAGUUGCGCGUCAACACGGCCAUCAUGUUCAUAUUGAUCUUGCAGGGUGGGUGGCUCGACCACUGAAUACCAAACGUCUUCAGAAUAACGACUUCGAUUGUGGCGUGUGGGUAUUGGCUGCAAUAUUCGCUGUUAUACGUGGCAGCCGUGUUACAGGCCUACAUGAGCAGGACAUGGGCAAUCUGCGACGCUAUGUGCGGAGUAUGGUGCUUGCAUUACCAGCUCUCUCGAGUUACAGUAAUACAAGGUCUACGUAUAAGGAUUCUUCCCAGUAA